AUGCUCCUCUCUCCUAUCAUUAUUUACCCUCUCCUGCCAUUUCUCCCCCUUCUCAUAAUUUUCCGUAUUUUCCACCGUCGUUCAAAACCUACUCAUACCUCUUUAGAUCAACCCCAUCAACCUCUACCCUCACUUCUUAUCCCUUGUAAUACUUCCCACUCCCGUGCUCUUCCUUCGACUUCAUCUCACUCUUUCUCUUAUCCCCUUCUUUAUGUGGGAGUCGACAUUGACGCUUUAUCUAAUGGAUCACUCAACAGCCCGAUAUUCUCACAUGAUCGACGUCUAACGGUUCUGGGUCUCAGAUCUAACGGGUACCUCUUCCCUGGAAGAGAAACAUUUCGAGAGAAAUUGGAAUCACUGUUAUCGAAACAUGAUGUCCUCAAGGAGAUGAUAGGGAAAGUAUGGUUGAUUACUAUGCCUAGUUAUCUAGGGUUUGAAGGGAUCAACCCUUUGUCAGUUUGGUAUGUCUACACCAGAGAGGGUGAGCUAGGAUGGGUGAUUCUGGAAGUGCAUAAUACUUUUGGGGAAACACACGCUUACGUUCUCAAAACAUCGGACGCGAAGGUGAUCCCUGUCGAGACUGAAGUCGAUAAAUUUGAUAAAGUCGGAGCUGUCGAUACAUAUCAUUGGUGUUUCCCAAGAACAUUCCAUGUUUCACCUUUCAACAACAGAAACGGAUUCUACGAACUCUUCCUCUCCAAUCCAUUUCCUCUCUUGUCAUCGGACUAUUCUCAUGCUGAUCAACCGCGAGUCGACAUCCUUCUUCGGCUUCUCACACCGAACAAAAAGUUCAAAUUCCAAGCUUCUCUCUCUUCCUCUCCACAAUACGAACCGACAUCCCUCUCUGAUCCCAAUAUACUAUCAAUCCUCAAUAUCCUCUUCAGAUGGCCAUUCGAGCUACUCUCUACCACCCCACGGAUCCUGUAUCAGGCCUUCAAACUACAAUACCACAAAAAGCUCGCGGUGUAUCCUCGUCCAGAACCUAUACACGACGACAGCCACGAGGAAUGGAAUCCACCUCAAGAGGAUCCGGGUGGGGUUGGGACACCUCUGAGAGGCCUGGGCAUCACGAGAAUGGAGAAACUAGCAAGAUAUUUGAUAUUCACGUGGGCCAAACAAAGGAGUGAUGAGACGGGGAUUGGGAUCACACUGGGAUUCUCCGAUAUCAAGGAGGUAGUCGAUUUUGGGUUAAAAAUUGAGGGGGAGGGAAAGGCGAAACUCGAUUUGCAUAUCCGACAUCCGAAAGCUUCUCUUCACCUACUCACCUCCCCGUCGGCCGCUUAUUUCCUUGUGCUCGCGCCUGAACUCUCGACGACUAUCUCAGACCAGAGACUGUUUUUGGAGUUCUUCGCUCCGGCGAUGAUCAGUGGCUAUCUGGGUGGUCUGGCAGAUCACGUGAGAAGACGUUUAUUUCUUUUCUUAGCUUCGCAUUCCAUCUUUCCUCCGGAACCCCACAUCGCAGUCCAGACAUCGCAUUGGUACUCCUCCUCGACUAUAUGGAGACAGUUAGUGUCACUUUUGGUGGUCGUAUUGACAUAUCUGGGAUACAUGCUGGAGGAACGUAUCUGCACGGCAAUACAAGUACGAUUUGUGCCUGGUCGGGAACCAUGGAAGAUCUGGGAAAGGGCUCUGGGAAGAACAUAUGAACAUGAGGGUAAAGAAACCAUAACGUGUUUGACGACCGGAAGCAAGGAUGAGGGGAGUCUGACGUAUGUAUGA